AUGCGUGCAUCUCGUGUCUUCGCGCAUUCUGUGCAUGAUGUAACGCGACAUAACCAAAAAAAAAAAUCUUACAAAAAAUAUUUAUUGUUUAUAGAGAGAUGUGUGUAUAAAGACACACACACACACACGUCGUUUAAAUUGCAUCAAGCUAAUUCGAUGGUUCGUGUUUUGAAAUGGGAAAUCAUACUGCGUGUCAAGUUGGAGCUAGUCGUAGUUUGAAUCGUGAAUCGGUUCCAAAAUCGGAUUUCUAGGAGGAAUAAAAAUGGCGAAUGACAUAAUAAUGAGAGGCAAAGACAGAUUACAAGAGAUCAGCAUGAAAUUGGAACAGAGUCACUUGGUGUAUCUGCAAACAGACGAUAGCCCUUUAAAGCUACAACAACGACAUAAAUUGGAAGGCUUUAUCAAGGAAUACCUUUGUCUGGUACCCAACGAGAAUAAAUAUGUGUUUCAAGAGACGGCAGAUAUUUUGCACAGAUCAGCAGCAACAGUGACAGAUUUCAGUGGAUAUAGAGCGGCAACUGCUUGGAGUGCAAUUUCCUUGUAUGCAGCUAAUCUAUUAGCUCAACCUUGGCGAAAAGAAUAUAGGAUAGUGAGGACGUACAGCGGCUAUUACAAGCACGAAGUAGAGGCAAAUUUAAUAGGUGCCGAGUUAAUGUUUGAGCAGAUGGGCUAUAAGCACACUGGUUUGGGUGUACUCACUUUGGAAGGACCAAUCGAUCCUGACAAGGUUUCAAAUGUCAGUAGGGAUGCUAUUGUGGCUUUUGUGGAAUGUCAGAUUUUAAAGCAGAUCUGGGAAAGCGUGUCGCCGAAGUACACCAUCUCUUGGCUGGAGGUGCUGGAGUUUCGUGAGAAUCACGUUGGUACGCCAGAGCAGGCCAUUCGAGCGCUGAAUUAUCGUUUUCUCGAAAAGGUGCAUCAGAAUCGUGCGAAGGUCGAUAGCUGUAAGGAUUACUAUCCACAACAAACUGGCAUAGACAUCGUGCCGUUGCAUCCACCUUAUCAUCACAUUGUACAUGCCAAUUAUAACGCCACAAUGCCGUCAACCUGUCAAACAGAGUAUCGGCAUAUCGAAAAUACGACGAACAUAGCAGUACCGACUAAUUAUCGAUAUUAUCAACCGAUUAAUCAUAGUUUCAUCAAUUGUUGCACCAGCUACGGUUGCUUGCCCUCUCAUGGGAACAAGUUUUACGGUAAUAGCGUGCAAUCACCGAAUCCAUAUUGCGCGACAUUACCGGCAUAUGCGGCUCGAGUACCAACUGGAAGACUGAUAGAACUUGACGUACCGUCGUCCGUGGCAAAUUACGAGAAAAUGCACGCUCUCCGUAAACCCAUGUCCCACCGGAUAUCCGACUUGGACGAGGUAGACUUUUACAAACGGCAGUCGAGCGAUGGAGAUCAUUAUGAAGUUGGUAAAACUACCGAUAGAAAAACGGCUAGCAGAUCGAAUUCCAGUGCCGGAAGGGACGGUUACGAUACAUGGGACUUUGUGUACAGAAAUCUGGAGAGUUUAGGCUACUACAAGGAUCUCGAUGAUCGAGACGAUGUAUUACAGCAUAAGAAGGAGCUGGAUUCUAUUCGUGCCAAGCACAAGACACUCAGGCAAGUGGAAAACGAAGACAAGUUUAGUGCGCAUAAGAUGGAGAAGAGAAAAAGCGGCUGCAGGAUCGAGGCGAACGAGAUCGAUUCGUCCGAAACAAACGGGAAAAAUCAUCAGGAUAUUUUGCCUUUUAAGAAGAAAUCCUCGUCCUUUGACCUGUCAGAUUCGAAUAGAUAUAAUACCGAUGCAUAUAAUAGAGAUAAAAAGCACAACAGUCAAACUCUACCAAUUCCACGCACGCACAAAUCUUCGGAUCAAAUAGCGAAAAUUGCAGAUUCCUUAAAAAAUUUUGAUAUCGCGCAAAUGAAUAAGCAGAAGAAGGAAGAAGAAGAGGGCGAAAAGAGAUGGAAUUGCGCCACGUGCACAUACUUGAACAUGCCCGACCGAGACAUUUGCGAAAUAUGCGCCAAAUCGAGAUGCAAAGGAAACGAGGACAAGCCACUUGCCAGCGGCGGCAAGGAGUGUCCAAAAUGCACGCUGGUAAACGAGAAAAAUGUUUCUAUCUGUGAUGCUUGUCAUACCAGUCUGAAGGAUUCUCCGACCUAUAUAUAGACAGAACGACUGAAACUUUUUGCAAAUAAAAAGAUUCUCGCAUAUUUGCCACAAUUUGCAGCAGUUUGCGCGAAGGUACGCGUAUUGCGUGUAAGACAAAAAUUCUUGAUCGAAUUGCAUAUGUAUAAUAUGAAUCUUUUUCAACGACCUAAAAUGGAACAUGAAUACAGAAAACUUAAAGACAUGAUAACGUUAAUAUAACGCAUAUAAUCUUGAUCUAUACAUAUAUAGAGAAGGUACAAAGAUAUUUAUUUAAGAUUAUCUCACACGGAGUAAGGAGAAUCUUAUAACGAUUUUCUUUUUAACAUUGUACUAGUAUUAUUAUGUUAUGGCCUAUUGAGGAUGAUUAUUGAGAGUAUUGAGAAUAAGUAUCAGAGUCAUAUUACUAUUAACUAUUAGCGUUAUUGUAACGUAUUUGACAGUUUGUCAUUAAAGAAUUAAAUUUAAUCGAAUAUUAGGCCAAAGCUUAGAAAAUUAAUGUUAUCAGGAUUAAUUGAAGAAUGAUGCGCAAGACGCUGAUUACUUAUUCGAAAAAUAUUUAAUAUAUGUUUGUUCUUAUAUAUAUCAUUGUGCAAUCUAUUUUGUAACUUAAAUUGUUGCUUGGAAUUUAAAACAAAUUUUGUUCUUUGCAAA